AUGGAUACGGAGAGCUCAUUACGCAGGAGUUUACGUCGAAUCAAUCCGUUCCGUAAUAAGAUAUUCCGUCUGCCGGCAACACCACGAUUGGCCAGAAAUCGAAAAUGUAAGGCCACCUUCGUUCUUCUCUUUUUUUUCGGGGAAAAUCAUUUCUAA